AUGAACAACCAUUCGAUUGCAUUGAAAAUGUCUAGUUUUGUUCGAAUUCGUCUUAGUUUUCAACGUUCUUUGCCCCUAGCUGAGACACAGAACUGCUGGUUUCUCUUUGAUACCUCCACAUGCAGUACAAUCGCUGAUUUAGAGUAUUUAAUCAAAGAAAGAUUUGGAGGGCAAUCCAAGAGAGAAAGAUCAUUUCAAGUGAUAAAUCUCUACCUGGAUGACUACCUCCUGCCGUCACAAGAGAAGAUUGAGAUUAUCCAGCAAAAUGAUAACAUAAGGUGUGUGUUUUCGAUCUGAACUCUUUAAUUUUCGACUUUUAUCUAGAUUUUGAAAGUAGUCAGUACAUGCAUGACCUUAUGUAUGCAUCAGUCAAUUCCCGCUGAACGCUGUUGGAUGAGCCAGUCUGCCAAUCUGCUUUUGUUGCCAGUCCACUCCUUGAUUAGCUGUGUUUGGAUUUUGGGUUAAAAAUACCUGUAUGUAAAAAGCUCAGGGGUGUCCCUAGGGUUGGGAAAUGCCUGACGCCUGGUUUUGCAAAAUUUGCUAAUACCUGACCCCCGGGGCUGACAAGGUGUGCAGAUGCCCCACGUUUCCCUGGUGGUGGGGAUGGCCAUAGCUGGAAUUGAUUGAUGCAUUACGACACUUACAAUGAGUGUUCAAAUUAAGAAAAAAAUUAGUAUUGUGAACCAGUUUUGCUGACUGGUCAGUAGAAAAUAUUUUGCCUAUUGCUUUUUGUAAUGAAUGCCUCUUUGAUCUCAAUAUCAUCCAAUUCAUCAUCAUCAUGUCUCAUCGCACCAGUAGGUUUAUAAGGCCAAUAUCAUCCAAUUACCUGGUUGAUUUUUAAGCCCCUAUUACCAACAGGACAACUUUGUAUGUCUAAGAAAUAGUAACUGUUGAAAUUUUAAUUUGGGAUGGCCAUGGCUGUCUUUUGUUAAUUUGAGGGGACGAUCUCUAUAUAUAAACAACUCAAGUUAGUUAAGUGCAUGCACAAAAUGAUGAGUUUAAAAAAAAUUACAGUCUUUUUUAAGUUUAUAAUUUGUACAUCAAAUAACAGAGUGGAAUUGGAACAAGCCAGUAAAAAGCAUUCAAGAGAAAAUGAGAAGAAUUUGAAAGGUGAGAGGAAGUUUCACAUUGUUAAUAACCAUUAUGUAUAAGAAAAAUUCUCUUUAUUGUAAUUAUAAGCAAUUGCUGGAUGAGGGUGCAGAGCCAAGCAUUGGUAUUGUAAGUGGCAUAACACUUUGAGAGAUGCUGACAAAUAGAGAUGUUUAUUGUUGACAUUGCUUAUGUCCUGUGCUAUUUUUGAAGUAGUUAGUGGCAAAAAGGUGUAUUUUUGACUGCAAUAAUUUGACAGAUAAUACAGACACCUGUUAAUACCUCACUUUCUAUAGCUGUCCUCUCAAUGUCCCUUUUGGGGUAUGACUCUACUUACAUGUUGCUGAUACUUUGCUUUACUAUCUACAAACUGUAUGUGUUUUUUUUGUUUUUAUUUUAAGAUGUCAGAACAAAGGUGAAAAGAAAACAGAAAACCACUGUCUUGCAAGUCAACAGGUACAGUAUUAACUACUCUUUACUUUAUUGAAUUCACCCGGGUGACUCAACAUGGUGACAGGAGAUGAAACAGGCCUAAGGUCCCAACUGAUAUCCACCCCUUUGUUACCCACCCAGCCCAUGAAAGGUUGUACCACACCACCAGGGUUUACACCCCCUACAUUUUACAGACAGCAGUGUGAGUUCUUCAACGUCCCACAAGAAUCAGAACAUUGAAAGAGCUGUGAGACAGGACCUACAGUUUUUCAUUCUUAUCUGAGAAGACUAGAAAUAUAUCUCAAACCAUGUCUGGAUGUCACAUCAAAGGCAGCACAUUUUCCUCAGUUAUUUUAAGACCUUAAGUGUUUGUCUGGCCAGGAUUUGAACCCGCAACCUCCUGCUCAGCAGACCAGCACUUAUCCAAUUGAGCUAAUCAGGCCGCAGUUGUUUUUGGUAAAAAAUGGAGGGUGAAGACUUAUAGAGGGUGAAGUGGAGUAGCAAAUUAAAAUUAUCAUGGUAACAUCCUAAUGUUAUAACAGAUAAACAACCCAUUCUAACUUGAAAUACUCCAGAUUUAAAGCACAGUACUCUGACAUCUCAGAAACUCUCCCUCCCUUAACAUUGAAUAGCGAUGAUCAGUAGUUUUUUGUUUGCCAUAUAUAUUUAAGUGACAGUCUUCUUGAUUUGUUGUAACAGAAGACACCUAUUGUGUGUUUCUGUGAAAAUGUCAGACAUUGCCAGUUAUAGUGAAGAAGUUGCUGAUUAUGUUAACUGUUAAUCUAAUUGCAGACAAAUGUAAUUAUGCUUUAACAAUAGUUUCUUUACUUUUUUGCCCUGAAGGGACAAAUCAAAGAAAAAAUUAAAAAGAAAGAGCUCCUGCCCUUCAACAAGUUAUACUGAAGCCCAAAACCAGUCAGAUGAGUUGCCCAAAGGAAAGAGCAGUGUGAAAUUCAAAAACAGCAAUCCAUCUGAGGCAAAACUUGGGAAGUCAAAUGUAGCCAAGAGAAAAAAUGAUGCUGAGCCUUUGAAAAGUAAUGUGAAAAAAAGUAAGACAAGUACAAAUAGAAUGGGAGAUGUUCUUGUUAGUAAGGAUGUUGUUCCAAGAGAAAAUAUUUUCUCUGAGACUUCCAUUACUGCAGAGUCAUUGAUGGAGUCAUCUAAAGAUUCAGGACCUUCGAUGUCACAUUCAAAGUUUCAUACCACUCUGAAUGGUGUUAAAUUAAUAGCCUUAAAAGCUGAUGGCAAAAACAGCAAACAUUCAGGACAGGGAACAAAAAGCAACUCAUUGCCACCAUCAAAAAGAACCAAAGGGAAGGCUGCCAAUGCUGUAACAUCAAAGUCAUCAGCAUUACAGGAAAGAAGUAAAGGAAAGUCUGUGGCAAAGCCAUCAUCAUCAUCUUCGACAUCUUUAUUGUCAUCAAUAACUUGUGAAACUAGACGAACUGAAGAGUCAGAAAGGACAUCAACAAAAGCUGCUAAUAAGAAGUAUGUGUCAAGAACAACCAAUGAAAAGGAACGUGCAAAAUCAGGGAGACUUAAUGCAAAAAAUGGUCAUUCAAAGAUGGAGAAAAUGUCAUCUUCAUUAUUAUCGUCAUCAUCAUCAUCAUCAUCAUCAUCACCAAGUUCAAGUGAAAGUGAAGAGGAUUCUGCCUCAAGGGAAAUUUUCAAGGAAGCUAACACAUUACCGUAUUCAUUAUGUUCACCAUUGUUACAACUGUCAUCUUCUUCGUCAAUUAGUUUUGCACAUGGCAGCAAUCAGGGAGAUAAUACUGUACCAUAUGUCAAGAACUCUCUGGGUUUUAACUCAACUGAAAAGACUAAAGAUACUGAAAUGGUGAAGAAUUUGCAAAGAUCCAGGAGAAGCCAAAAUGGAAAGUCAGGUUAGUCAAGUUCAAGUACUACUACUAAUAAUAUUAUUAGUGCAACAAUAAUACAACCAUAACUAUCAAUACAGAGAUUAAUUGCUUUGAAUUUCAAUUAUCUAAAUAGAUUGUUUGUAUCUGUCAAUGCUGGUGAAAGUGAUAACAUGGUACAGUUGAAGCUGUUGUUAUGACCUCUUUCGUAAGCAGACAGCUUUAGUUACAACCAGCAUUGUGAAACCCUGCAUGAACUGUGACUCAAGCUUUCUAAUGAAAAGUUCUUGUUGGCAACCACUCAGUAAACACUUGAAUAAAAGGACUUACUCCUUGCUCAAGUUUAGUUUCUUUUUUUUUGUUUAAGAUUAUGUUUAUGGUGAGUUAACCAGUUUAAAAAAAUAUUAAAUCAAUGAAAAACACAAACCACAACAUAAUUAUUUUCAUGCACCGUUAACUUUUUUAAUUAGUACAAUUUUAUUUUAGGCUCUGGACACAUAAGGUUUGAUUCAGAGGACGAUACCUUUGAAGAAGAAGAGGAAAGCUGCUUGGAGAUUAACAUCACAGGUUCUCUUGAUAGCUCAUCAGUACCUUAUCAAACUCAUUUGACAGCUAGUUCACAGGAUGAUCAGACAAGUUCCAUAUUAAUUACUAAUAAAAAACAGGUAACUAUGCUUAGUGCAACAUUUCUAUUUGGGUAUUGUUAAGUUACGCUGGGGUUACGCGAGUCUUAUUGGGACAAGCCCAAGUUACCUUAACAAUAGAUUGUGGAUGCUUCAAACAGUAACACCUCCCUAUUAUGCAGUCAUGUCCUAUACACGCCACUAGAUUAUGGUGGACAUAGAAUGGAGUCCACUGGAGUUACUAGAAGUCUUGUUGUGAAAAUGAAACUGGAAAUUAAAACAAAUUUAACCUUCCCAGUUUUUUCGAAGGCCGAUUAGUGCUAACCUGUGGUUAAAUUUUAUUCUGGGUUUCCUUGUCUGUUGUUCAAAAGCAUUUUCUCGGAUAAUUUUCUCUUUUAUUUUUCAAGCAUCCAAUCGUAAAAUUGUAGACAAAAAGAUUUCAACUGAAUUUUCUUUCUAAGCUUUCCUCUGAAUGAAAAUUUUGCACUAACUCCAGGUUAUCUAAACCCAGCUUUGAACAACCCGGCUCAGUAAAAGAAAAAAAUCGUCCCCGGAAAUUCGAGUGGUAAAUGGAGUUACCGUAAAUCAAAGUCGUGAGAAGAAACCGAAAGUAAAACAAUUUAACCUUGAGUUGGGUAGAAAAGUCAUCCAAUGGAGUCCAUCAGAGUUCACGGGAAACACAUCGAGUGCAUGGAGUUACCCGAGGUCUAGACAUGAGAUGAAAGCAGAGGUCUAGACAUUUUAACAUCUGUGAGGCGAAAAUAGUUGUCCAGUGGAGUGCAUUGGAGUCCACUGGAGUUAUGGAAAGUCUGUUGGCAAAAUACCUUGUUCUGUUAGCCAUGACCACAAGUGUAUUUGCCUCUUUUUUUGACGAAGGAGAACAAUUACCUUUUUUUUUUAUUGGUGCUGUAUUUUUGUCACCUUUGUGAGUUCUCUUGCACAUGUAGAGUCAGAAGUUAAAAUAUAGUCAACAACAACAACAACGACAACAUUAAAAUCAAAGACUUUAUCUAUUCUUACCAGCGAAUAACCAAGAUUAUGAACCUUUUGUUAUCUAGUUAUUUGUCAGAUUAUGCAUCCUUUUUUGCUUCUCUUUGUUAACAGGAACCAUCUCGGCGAGAUUACAGUCUUUGCACUCCACUCCACGGUCCGCCACGAAGUAAAGACAAGAUAGCCUACAAGGUUAGUGUGGGUUGGCGGAAUAAGAAACUUUGGUACUGGAUAGGUUUGAGUCACUUUUACGGCAAACAGUAAACGGCAGACUCAAGUUGAGAAUUUUUCUAAAUAGAACAUGAGCAUAUCAAUAAAAACAGCACACUUACCGUAAGUACGCUUAUUAUAAUGAAUAAAGUUCGCAGUUACCUCUGUCUACUUUACUUACAUCCUGAAAAAAGUGGCAACACGGCUGUCGAACAUUUCUGGCGGGAUUUCAGUUGGUUUGUUGUUUCGAAGAGGUGGAUCCAUCUCGGUCUUUUCAACACUGGAUAGCUGUUGCUCUAACUUCUCUGUCCGUUGUAGUCUGUUUGAUUUCGUUUGUAUUACUUUUAAUUUGUAACUUUGACAUCCUAAAAGUCUGAAUGGAAGUUAAAACUGAGGUUUUAUAGUGGUGUAAAAGUUUUGGCUGUCGGUACCUGCUUUAUUUUUCGGCGGGAAAAUGUAAAGUAGGCCGCAAGCAUCGCCGGGAUUUUUUCGUUAUGCAAUGGGUUUUCGUGCUUUCUGAUUGGCUGUAUUAAACAGUGUUCAAAAUUAUUCAUCUAACGGGGAAGUAGUGAGAUACUUUUUUAUGCCUUGUUUUCUAUAUAUGUCGACGUCAUUUUAGCGGAAUGAUGAUUUUCAUUUAAUACUAAUUUGAAAAUUCCUCCUUUUAACAGGUGCUGGAAUUAUCAGCAUCCUACACACCUGAAGUCUCAGACUACAAGGUACAUAUAAGAUUCUGGGAAACUGUAUCCACCUACCCUUCCCCUAACCCAACAUUUUGUCGUAAGUGAGAAGUUAGUGUUAACGUUGGGUUAAGGGAGGGGUAGGGGGGACAGUGCCGCAAAAAACAUGUCCAUUAAACAUCAGACUGUACUGUUUUCAAAAGUUCAGUUUUAUCGGUCGGUAGCCUCAGUAGAAAUUCCAUACUGAUAUCACUACCCAGAUCUGGGUGGAGCUUCUGAUUGGUUGAAGCAAAUUUUCACAUGUGCGUUUUUUUCCCUCUACCUGCUACGCAGGCUAACGUCUCUCCUGCGACACGUCUCUAGCGGCGAGUGGCGAAAAGAGACGGCAAUAUUCGUAGGCUAUACUGCUCAAUCGGUAGAGCGCUUCACUGCAGAGGGGAAGAUCGCGGGUUCGAUUCCCGGGGCCGGGCAAUUACUUAGGGUGUUAAAAUAACUAAGAAAUGAAGGUACUCCCUUUGCACUGUAAGCGGCUAGACCUUCGCGUGGCUCGGAUGACCACGUAAAAUGGCCGUCCCGUUUCCAGUAGGAGAGGUUAAAACUAGUGUCCCCAGUUAGUAGUUCGGUGCUAAAUACAUUGACACUCAAAUAAGGCACAUUUUUUUUAGACUAAACUUGGCGAGCGUCAGUUGCGGAUGUAACAGUCUGAAACAGUGUUUCACUUGGUUAAGAUUAGCCAGCGCAGUAUGCAAAUUUAAUUGGCUUAAUCCUCUCUUUUCCGUGAGUGUCUUUCUAUUUCCCUUCCGUAUGUGCGUUACGUCAUUUAUUUGGAUCCUGCGAAUACCUGGUUAUCUCUCUUCUGUUUUGUUCAUCAUACAGGAAGGUACUGUUCUGUCUUAUGACCCAAUUAGUGGAGCUGUUAGUGUUGAACUUACAAAGGAAUCACUGAAAAAGACCCAAGGUAAAUUUGGUGUGGUGCAGAAAGUGAAUGAUUAAGUGAAUGUCAACAGCGCUUUCAGGCUACGGAUGGAAAAUUCGUGCGUUUAAGUGUUUCGUUCAGACGGAAACACUCUAAAUGUGCGAAAGUUUAGACACCUAGCCGUUCAGCCGUUAUGGUCAAUCAAAAAAUUUGACUGGCGCGGUGUGAACACCAUAACGUUUUAAAAUUUUUGUGUGGCAAAGGCGUGGUUGCAUCGAUGCGUGGUAACUCAGCUGGGAGACGCCAAUUGGAUUUGCUAAAGUAGUGUUCUCCGCAUGGACAGAUGCUAAAACCUCAGAGAAUAAUUAAAAUUUGCCUUAUCCGUCAGUUCCGUGUGAACAGAGUGAAAACAUUGAACGGUUCCAUGUGAACGCAGCGUUAGGUGCGGUCACACCACUGCAACUGCCGAAUAAGUCAACAUCUCCUGUCUUGUUUUCUUCCCACUUCAUUUGUGGUAACGUGACGCGAUGGUACGGCAAACGUGGUGUUUAACCUCUCUCCCUAUUGUCAUUAUCGUUUCCUUGUACAUAAACAUGUAAAUUUAUCUGGAUAAGAGAUACACACACAGUUUUCGUGACAGUUGAUUUUGUUAUAGCCGUCUUUUGACCAAAGACAAAUAGGUCAGCGCUAUCGUAGCCGCUAUACAUUUAUCAUUUUAAUUAAAACGUAUACAGUAUUUGAUAUUGAUGUCCGUCCUUUGGAUAUUCUCAUUGUUGCUAAGAAUGGCAAUGAAAUUCAUCUUCUAAAAAGUGUUCUUUUGUUUGCUUCAGGCGAUGGAAACGUUUCCAGAAAGUUUGAACUUGAUGAUGGCGAAAGUGAAGAAGCAGACUCGGAGGUACACUUUAAAUUUGGUAGACAAUCAGAGAUGGCGUUAGCCUGA